ACCUGCCACACCAGAAUGAUCUUUGUUCUUUUUUUCUGUUUUUGUUUGACUGCAGUGUCGUCUUCUCUCAGGACUCUGGACAUGCGUCCGGACUGCACUCAAGAGGGUCUGGACAACUGUAAAAUUAAUAACUGCUCAGAGAAUCUCACGGUCCAACAAAGACGUAAUGCUCCUAUCGAACCAGAAUGGGAUCUUGAGCAGUUUGGCGUCUGGAUGGACAAACAUGAUGAGUUUGUUUCGGUUAUGAAUGUGACGUGGAUAAUCAAGGCAGGUGCAAGUAUACAUGCACUUCAUGGAUCAGAGAUAAAUAUCCUGGAUUUAAGUACAAAUCAAAACAUGUGUGUGCGGUAUUCUUACAAACUCGGCAAACAGCAGAAUCCAAAAAGAGAACGGUGGAAAUUUUCUGUGGAUGGAGUUGUGGUAGAGCCUCGGCACACAUAUAAUGUGACAGUUUUUAAUUUCCCUGAACCAGAGAUGAGAGAUACCAGGAUCAGGAAGCAAAUUACCAUCCCAGGAUGUGAUGACAGGAGAAUCCAGAACUCUGUAAUGUGUCUGCAAAAUGGUAGUCUGUGGGAUCAUAACAUGACUGCGAAUGUGUCUGUGGACAAGGAACAUAACAUGUUAUCCAUUGUUGUGAGUUUUCAAGCUGCACAGUAUUCAGAGAGAUACCAAGUGUCCAUCCAGAGCUCUGGUUUCCAUUACUCCAAGAAUGUCUCAAAGGAAAACAGAACAUCGCUGAAUGUCACUUUUGAGUUUGGUUUGUGUCAGCUCUCACAAUGUGAACUGUUGAUAAUGAUUCAGCCAUUUUUUAUUCGAUGCAAGAAUGACUGUUGGCGCCCCGAGAUGAUUAUCAGUCACUGUUUGUGUGUUCUGAAGAGAAUGAGGAUGCUGAAAAGAGCCUCUACCCUUAUCCUGAGACAAGGAAUCACAACUUAUCAGAGCAGACUUUGCAAAAAUGACAGCCACUUCCGAGUACAUCCAUCUGUAUCACAGGCACUGGCAGAAAACAAACCAGUGGUCGCACUGGAGAGUACUAUCAUCACACAUGGCAUGCCCUAUCCACACAACCUGAGCACUGCAAAGGAGGUGGAGGCCAUCGUGAGAGCUGAAGGAGCCACCCCAGCCACAGUUGGAGUGAUUGAGGGUGAGGUCCGUGUCGGUCUGACGUCAGAGGAGCUCGACCAUCUCGCCCGCUGCAAGAGCUCCCUGAAAGUGUCCCGUCGUGAUCUGCCCUAUGUCAUUAGCAAAGGGCUCUCUGGAGGAACGACAGUGUCAGCCACGAUGAUAGCGGCACAUCAAGCUGGCAUCUCUGUGUUUGUCACAGGGGGGGUUGGAGGAGUUCACAGAGAUGGAGAAAACACUUUGGACAUCAGUGCAGACCUGACGGAGCUUGGCAGGACUCCCAUUGCAGUGGUGUCUGCUGGUGUGAAGUCUAUUUUAGACAUCGGGCGCACCCUUGAGUUCCUUGAGACACAGGGAGUCUGUGUAGCUACUUAUGGAGCGUCGAGGAAUUUCCCGGCCUUCUUCUCACCACAAAGCGGAUUCACUUCUCCAUAUCAAGUCUGCAACCCAGACGAGGCUGCAAAACUCAUUGCAAGCACUCUGUCACUGGGUCUCCAAAGUGGUGUCCUGUUGGCGGUGCCCAUCCCAGAGGAGCAGGCAGCCACCGGCCAGCAGAUAGAGGAAGCCAUUCAGACUGCAGUAACAGAGGCAAGUGUUAAAGGUAUAACAGGAAGAGAUGUGACGCCUUUUAUUCUUCAAAAGGUCAACGACCUGACAAAAGGAAAGUCCCUUCACGCCAACAUUGCUCUGAUUCAUAACAAUGCUAAAGUUGGCAGUCAGAUUGCCUAUGCACUGUCAAAACAACUGAAUGAGGGAAAUUCAAAGGGCAAGACUCAUCGUCAUGGAAAACAGUCAUCAGACUCCGACUCAGAUGUUGUUGUCAUAGGAGGAAUAAAUGUUGAUUUUAUUGCUAAAGGGAAGACAAAAGCACUUCAGUUUGGACAGACAAAUCCAGGAAGGGUCUGUCAGUCAUUUGGUGGCGUAGGUCGGAACAUUGCCGACUCAAUGAGUCGGUUAGGCCGACGACCUCUGUUCAUCUCAGCUACUGGAGCUGAUUCACACAGUGAUGCAGUGUUUAACCACUGUAAACAUAUGAACACAGAUGGUGUGGCCAGGCUGGAAGCGCAGAGCACGGCUACUUACUGUGUAGUCAUCGAUGAGAGUGGAGAGAUGAGUCUUGGGCUGGGAGACAUGGACAUUCAUCAGCAAAUCACAGAGCAAUAUGUGUCACAGUUUGAGAAGCAGCUGUCAUCAGCCACUCUCGUGUGUCUCGAUGGAAACAUCCCAGUCUCCACCAUUGAUUAUGUUUGCUCCAUUGCCUCUAAACACAGCAUCAAUGUUUGGUAUGAGCCCACAGAUUCAGAAAAGGCUCGCAAGCCUUUCCUUUCAGACUCCUGGAAGUCUCUGUCCUAUUCAUCCCCAAACCUGACAGAGCUGCGCACCAUGAACAAAACUCUUGGUUUACCAACACCUGAAGUGCUGCCGAGCUCUCUUGAUGAAGUACUGAGUGUGGCAGUGACUCUCUCACGCCCCCUUCUGGAGCAUCUUCACUGUGUGGUGGUGACUCUGGGAGCUAAUGGCCUGUUGGUGUGCGGAGAGCAUGAUGCAGGUUCGGUCAACCUGCAGCCAAGAAAACAGAAGAGGAAAAGGCAGCUCUGUGCUCUGCACUACCCAGCGCUAAUAGUGACAGCAGAGGAGACAGUGAAUGUGUCAGGAGCAGGAGAUAGUCUAGCAGGUGCCUUAAUGGCUGGGAUUCUCCAGCAGAGAGACACCGACAGCUGUGUUCGGAUGGGGAUCCUGGCUGCACGGCUGUCUGUGCUGUCACCACACCCCAUCGCCCCGACACUCACCUUAGACUCUGUGGACCCCAACAAAGUCAAGGAUCUGGACUGGCCCAAACCCAACUUUAUGUGGAUAGAUUAAAAAUAUUUUACAUUUUGAAACAUUACUUGAGAAUUGUGUGCAGAUUAGGUCUAAUAUGCAUAGGCUUGUUUAAUACAUUUUUCGGUAUUUUGUCAUUUUUGGCCUUAAAAUAAAAAUGUAAUGUAUGUAUGGAUUCUUUCAAACUGGCAUGUAACAUCAUGGCUAAGGAAAUGACGGCAAGGAGAUGACAUAUUUCACAAAAAACCUUUGAAUCCAAAUUGUAUUUGAUGAAUGAUAUUGUUCGAUGAUAACUGAUAUCUUUUUUAAAAAAUAACAAAAGCACUGAUUUAAACUUAGCUUGAGUUCUAUAUUGCAAGUCCAUGUGAAUAAAUGAAACAUUUUAACAAGGUACUCUGGUGUAUUGAUUUCUCAUAAUAAAGACAGGUACAUAUUCAACACCA